AUGUUGCAAAUGGACAGAAGAAUUGGUGAAAACAUUCGAGAAGAAGCUAGAAGAGCGAAAGCGAUUGCUGUGGAGAUGUACAGAGCCGGUGAUCUCUGUGGAGCCAAAGAGUUUGCUGUCAGGGCACAUAGGCUUAACCCUUCACUCUGUGGUCUUCUCCGUCUAAAUGCGGUUCUUGACGUGCACAUGGGUCUCGCCAAGCAAAUCAACGGUGAAAUUGACUGGUAUGCUGUGUUAUCGGUUGACCCGACCGCGGAUCUUGAAACAAUCCAGCAACGUUACCAGAAGCUAUCUCUGGACAUCAUCCUUGAUGACUGUGACAACACUGUUUGUAGCGUGGAUGAAGCCAAUAUGUUUCUGACUGGUUCCUGGAAUCAUCUGUGCAAUGAAGAGAGCAAGCAAGUUUAUGACAUGAGGCGUCAAGAACAGCUACAACUUCAGAAUCUGAGAAGAGCCUCGGAGGCGUUUUCUAAUUCCGUGGAUAAUAGCACUUUCUGGACAUUAUGCCGCUCUUGUAACAUGAAGUAUGAGUAUCCAGGUAGAUGCAAAGAUCGCAGGGUGAUGUCUGUUCAUUGUUGCAAGCCAUUUGAUGCUUUUGAGUGUCCUGGACCAUCGAUGAAUCGUGUUACUCCAUGGACUUACGAUCAGCAGCAGCUCAGGAGAGCGGUAACGAGUCAGGUUCCGAGCUUCACUAACAAUCCGGUGGUUCUGUCAGCAGUGCCUGAACCUGUCUUGACAUCUCAAAGAACUUUUGAUCAAGUAAACAGAGUUGGUCAAGAAACAGUUGAAGCUAGGUUUGAACAACCUCCACCGAGAGUUUCUGGUCCUGUGAACCAGUUAAGGAGAGCUAGUGGAGGAGAUAACAAACGAAAGGGACCUCUACUAACAAAUGUUCCUCAGUUCAGAAGAAUCAGUGAAGACGCAGGGCUCAGAGAUAUGAUUGAAAAGGGUAAGAGUUUGAUCGAACAGACUCUUGAAAGGUUAGUUUCUGCUUCUCAACAAAACAAUGUUGCUUCUGCUUCUGCUUCUGCAGCAACAAACAUACCUCAAGGCUCCAAGAACUGCAUAGCAGCGGAAGGAGUAAAGUGUGAAAGCAAGAACACUAAUGUUGUGGUUAAAAAGGAGGAACCUGAUGCAGUGUUUGUGAUUGUUCCAGAUACUGAUUUCCACAACUUUGACAAUGACCGAACCAAAGCUUCGUUUCGAGAAGGAAACCAGGUAUGGGCAGUUUAUGAUGAUAAGGGAAUGCCUCGUUUGUAUGCAAUGGUCCAUGGUCUUGUCACUCAAGAACCGUUCAAGAUGUGUUAUUCUUUGCUGUAUAGCAAGAAUAAUGAGGAACUAGGUCCAAUGAAGUGGAUUGAAUCAGGUUUUUACAAGACCACUGGAAGCUUCUCAAUCGGUAAGCGAGAUGUUUGGGCUCUCUAUACAAACUGGUCACCAUCUUGGAACAGUUCAACUCCUGAAGAAGUUGUGAACAAGUAUCAAUUAGUUGAAGUGCUUCAUGAUUUCGAGGAAGGAGUAGGUGUACCGGUUGUGCCGCUAUUCAAAGUCCCUGGAUACAAAGUUGUGUUUCGUCGCCAUCCAUAUCAGUGGACAAUCCCAAAGUGUGAACUGUUUAGGCUAUCCCAUCAGGUGGAUUCUCAUUUUCUUACAAGUGAAGAUGGUGAGAAUGUUCCUGUAGGUUUCUUGGAACUUGAUCCUGCAUAUUUGACACCAGAGCUUCUCAAUGUUGUCACUAAGGAGGAGAUGAGAGGAUUGGAGAAUGUGGCUUUCAAGAAACCAAAGGAGGAGGCUGAUGGGGGCGAAGCAAAAAAGAAGCUUGGAAUGAUGAGAAAACUGGAGACUGUGGUCAAGAAACCAAAGGAGGAAGUUGAUGAUGGUGUGGGGAGUUCGAGCAAUGUUGCAAAUGAUGGGGAAAAUUCAAAAGUGAAGCUUGAAUUGGAAUGCGACAAAGAGGAGAAGCUUUAG